AUGCAAAUUGCUCAUGUGCUAAAUGCACGUGCAUCCGUUUUCAUUUCGUGGCCUGGAGAACUCGGGAUCACAAUAAAUCAACGAGAUUUCUUGGAAAUAGGUGGGUUCCCAGGAGUGAUUAGAGUCGUCGAUGGUUGCCUCAUAAAAAUUAGUGCGCCACACGAGAAUCCUGACAGCUAUAUAGACAGGAAAGGACACCAUUCGAUAAACAUGCAGGCUAUAUUCGAUUCAAGAAGGCGUUUCAUUGACGUCUAUGCGGCUUGCCCUGGAAGCGUCAAUGAUGCGCGAGUGUGGUCCCUGAGCACAAUUAACCAAGAAUCUCUUCGAGACUAUGACCGCUACUUUCCAGAGCAGACUCAUAUUCUCGGAGACAAAAUAUAUCCCGUGCGUUUUAAUUUAAUGCCACCAUUCAAGGGCUUAAGAAAUUUGGGACCAAUGGAGCUCGAAUACAACAGAAUUCACAUUCUUACACGUCAAAUAAUAGAAAGGGCUUUUGCCCUCUUAUUGCAACGUUUUCGACGUUUGAAAUACUUAUAUCUACAAGACGUUGCAAUCGCAUCUCUCAUCAUUCUUGCCUGUUGCUGUCUUCACAAUGUUUGCAUUUCAUUGAACGAUGUACUUGGGGAGGAGGAGGAGAUGGAACAAUUGUUGAAAGAAAAUGGUGAUGAUGAUAAUGAUGAUGGAGGUAAUGGAGAUCUUCGGGGAGAAGAUGGGAAUAUGCAAUUUCCAGCAAUUUUGAAGCGUAAUAUUAUUGCUGAACAAUUGUAUACAAUUCGAAGAAUGCAAUAA